UUCAGUCGCUGUUGGUUGCUCGUGGAUAUCGUUACUCCUUGUCUGAAUUGCGCGAAACACGGUAUUAUAAAGCUGGUGAGAGUCAGAAAGAGAGAAAAGCAUUGAAUCCAAGAGUCUGCAAUAGAGAAAUUUUUUCUUUGAAGAAAAUCUUGCAAACGGUACAUACAGUCAGUAGAACAGUGAGUGAUUUUCAAAAAGAAGUAGAUGAAUAAUUAAUAAAAAAAUUUAGUGGACAGAAAGAGAGGGAAAAAUAAAGAAUCAUAAGCGCGCAAACGUGUUGAGAAAAAAUUGUGCUAUUCGCAGCUUUAAAAUAUUUAUUGUGAAAUUUGAAGACGUGUCCCAUUUGAGUAUUUCGACUCCAUGUGAAAAUUGAAUUUUAAGAAAGUUGAAUAAGAGAAUUAGAUCAAGGUGUGGACAAAUUUUACGUUUAUCUUCUUUCACACAGAAUUCAGAGUUUUGUAAAUUAAAAAAAAAACACUAUCUUAUGUGAUGUGAAUUAUCCUGUGAUAGACCAUCAACAGAGUAGAGAAAAACAGUGAUAUUACAACUAGCGAGAGCCAUCACAUAAAACAUGCAGUGUGGUGUUGUAGAAUCAAUGAAUAAUGACUGUGAACGUUCACCAAAUCGAACGGGGUUGAGGGUGAAUUUCAGCGACAAGGGAGAAGUGAAAGAGCGUCGAGAAAAGUUCCUAACAGCAAAAUAUGGGUCACAUCAAAUGAGUUUGAUUAGAAAACGACUAGCAGUCGAAAUGUGGCUCUUCGAUGAAUUACAAAAGCUGUUUGAUCCAUCGGAGACUGUAAUUGAUGUGGACAUUGAUGAAAUCUUGGAUAUGGACACAGAUGACAUUCGAAGAACUCAUCUUAUUACACUGCUGUCGGAGUGUAAGAGGCCCCAAUCAGAUAUAUCGAAAUUUAUAAGUGAUUUAUUAGAUCGUGCCAAAACUCUUUGAACAAUCCAAUUUGCAAUAUAAAAUCAUUUUGCUGUAAUAACUUUAUUUUGCUUUCUUUUAUUCUUUAUAUAAAGAAGCGAACAAAGCGUAUUAUCGAGCCAGCAGUCCAUCAUAUAAACUGUUCUUUUACAUUACAUAAAGAAGUGUAGUUAAAUAAUUUUAUAAUUAUAUUAUAUUAUAUAAAACCCACCAUCACCAUCCACUUUUGUAUAAUCAUCAAUGUUUAAAAAAGAAUGUCAUUUUAAGAAAAUGGAUGGAAAUAAUGAAAAAUGACUACAAAAAUUAGAUGUUUUUUAUAAACAAAUAUCGCAAUUGAAGUAGAUUUUAUGAAUAUUUUGUCGAAAAAAUUUCUUAAAUAGGAAGUUUUUGUCAAAAUGCAAUGAAAGAUUGUUUUAAAUUGUGAAUGGCUCAUCACUGCCCCAUUCAAUCGUAUUGCUCACAAGUCCUUAAAUCAGUUUGUCCAUUUACUAUUAACAAAAAAAUAAUUGGAAAUAACACAAAAUGUAGUUCUUAUAUAAAUCUGCAACGAAUCCUUAUUAUAUCAAAUAUUUAGCAAAAACAUUGAUUUUGUUAGGAUUCUAUAGAAAUGCUAAAUGGAAGAAAAUCAAGAAAUGUCUUGGUUUAUGGUAAAAAUCUCAGUUUUUUUCUGUGUGAAUUAUAUAAGACACGAAAGAAAAUUUUCUUAAUAGGGUUUAAUUUUAUAAAUAUAUUUAAAAAAAAAAAAACAAAAUAGAAAAAUCGUGAUGAUAAUAAAAUACAAAGCUUUCGAUAUUAUCUUAAUUUUUUGGCAUUUUGCGCAAAAUAAAAUUAUGCCCAUGCUAAAAUGCAUAAAAAUGCGAAUGAAUAAAGAAAUUUUUUAAACAAAUCUUCAUAAACCGAAAAUAUUUUAUAAUAUAUAAUUAGUAUAAUAACCAGGAACGAAAGUGUCAGAAAAAUUAAAAUUUUAGCUGACGAUGAACUUUUUACGAAAAAUUAGUAAUUCUUUAUGUGCUUAAAAUUAAUUGCGCUAAGCGUACACAUAGGUACUAUACAACAUAUAAGAAAAUUUCAGUGACAUAGAUAUAAAAGUACCCCUACCUAAUUAUUAUUCGUAAAUAAAUUAAAUUUAGGUUUAUCAAAAAAUACCAGUUUUAUGUAAAUAUUUAAAUAAGAAAUAUUUUAAGAUUAUUAAUUAUAGAACAAUAUCAGCAUGAAAACGAAUAUCAGUGCAUUUGCAAAUUCAUCAAAAUAUUGUACUUUUGAAGCUGUGUGUGAUGCAUCGUUGCAAAAGUAAUAAUAAAAACAUAAAUGUAUGUACGUACAAUUUUUAUUUCUGACUUUAAAGCGUUUAGUUUAAUUCUGCAGGUAUUUUUUUCCAUAAUCUACAUUAAUCAAUAAACAUGUUUGUACGUUAAAAUGUAAAUUAAUAAAAGAAUUGCAAAUUA